CGCGAGGAAAGACUACUGCUAGCACGCCAAAAUGAACAGCACCGACUUGAACAAUCAGAGAGGAAGAGUGACUUAAAUUGAAAAACCAAAGGCGUCUGAUCGAUGUCCGUUUGUGGCGCACACAUAAAUUAAAUUAACAAAAAGGAAAAGAGAAGAAAAGCUUCUCUCAUAUUUCAAUCUAUCAUUUUCGCGUUUUCCGUGUUGCGACCUUGUCGUUUCAGGUUUGGUUUAUGAUGUCUUAUAAAUCAGAAGAAAGGGACAUAAGCGAUUCCGAGUUUCAAGAAGAGUAUGAGCUCAGGAAGUAUGAAUAUUUGAAGAGGGAAAGAAUUAGAGUGUUAAAUUCAGUUUAUGGAUGUCCCUACUGUAUUGGGAAGAGAUAUUACCAUCCGAAGGAGCUUCCCCAACAUGCUUCUAACCUUGAUAGAGGCUCACAAAGGAGGACUAGAGGAGAGCAAGCUCGACACCGAGCUCUUGAGAGGUAUGUUCGGAGGUAUCUUUGUGUGGAGGAUAGCUCGGAGCCCUCUACCACAACUGAAUCUCCUGCUGUAUGUGACCGUGAUAGGGAGCGGCUGUUUGUUUGGCCUUGGAUGGGGGUUGUUGCUAAUAUUCCUACUCAGGUGAAGGAUGGACGUCGUGUUGGGGAAAGUGGCUCAAAACUCAGGCAUGAGUUAGCAACAAAAGGGUUUGAUCCAGUUACGGUGCAUCCUUUGUGGAGCUGCUUUGGUCAUUCAGGGUUAGCUGUUGUGGAAUUCAAGAAAGACUGGGACGGCUUCAAUAACGCUAUUAUGUUUGAGAAGGAUUUUGAUUUGAAUCAUUGUGGGAAGAAGGAUUAUGUUACAAUUCUAGAGAGAGAUCGAGGGCAGAGAUUAUACGGAUGGAUUGCUCGAGAUGAUGACUACAAGGCCAAUGGUCUCUUAGGAGAGCAUCUCAGAAAGAAUGGGGAUUUAAAAACUGUAUGUGGAAAAGAAGCAGAGGAUCAAAGGAAGGAUGCCAAGCUACUUUGCAACUUGACCAGCACCUUAAAAGAGAAGUACGACCACCUUAGAGAAAUGGAGAUCAGAUAUGAGGAGACUACUCAAUCCUUGAUCAAGGUGAUGGACCAAAAGGAUUCUAUGGUCAAGUCUUACAAUGAAGAGAUAAGAAAAAUGCAGCAGAUUGCACAUGACCAUUUUGCGAAGAUCUCUUUAGAGCAUGAAAAGGCCACGCAGCAAUUACUAGCUAAGAGAGAAGAGCUAGUGCAGUGUGAGAAAAAACUGCAGCAACGUGAGGUGCAAAUUGAAAAUGAGAGGUCGAAGCUUCUCCUUGAGAAGAAAAUGGUAACACACUUUGGCUUUCUUAAAGCUGUCAAUUUCCAGCUGUGCUGGGAAUUUUGCAAGAUGACUGAAAUUGAUAGAUCUAAGCCAGAUAUCAAAGAGUUCUAUAUUAACAUUCAUUUGUCAGCCUAUAAAUCCACAUCUAAGUUGGUCCAACAUCAGUCAAGAUAUAAUGUUUGUGAUGUUUUAGCAGAUAUUUCAAUUUUGGAAGGCAAAGACCAAAGCUACUCAUUUGAACAUCUCUGAAAGUAUCCCUCCUCCUCCUUUACGUAAUUACUCGUUGAAUAUUUGAUAAUGAGACAGCAACCUUGGAGCAGGAAAAGGCAGACAAAAGUGUAUUAAGAUUAAAGGAGCGAAAAGGAGAAGCUUCUCAAGAAAAUAAUUGAACUGGAAAAGAAACUAGAUGCUAAACAAGCACUCGAGUUGGAGAUGCAUGAAGAAUGCGUUACAAGUAACAAAACACAUGGGAGAAGAUGAAGACCUGGAUAUUAGGGCAAAAAUGGAUACAGUUCGACAGGAACUGAAGGAGAAGGAAGAAGAAUUAAGGGGAUUGGAGGAACUUAAUCAGGCUCUUAUUUUCCAAGAGCGCAAAAUAAAUGAUGAAUUGCAGGAAGCUCUAAAGGAGUUAAUUAAUGAAAUAAUCAACGAGGAUGAUGAAAACUUGAGAAUUCUGAAGAGUGAGUAUGGAGAUGAAGUUUUUAAUGCUGUGACAACAGCCUUGAAGGAAAUGAAUGAGUAUAACCCAAGUGGUAGUUACAUCGUGCAGGAGCUCUGGAAUUUCAAGGAGAAAAGGAAGGCAACACUGAGUGAGGGAGUGAUGCAAAUAUUAAGGCAUUGGAAGCAAUGUAAGAAAAAGAAAACCUGAGGUAUGUAUCCUUAACUAUACAAGAGAACAUAAACAUGAAAUAUGCAGUUUGAGAGAAUGCAUAAUUUUUCUGUUGCUCUUUAAAACUAUCAAGAACAACAAUAAGCUGAGUCACUUUGUGUAAUGGUUAAAGAAACUGAAAAAUUAUACGAUUUGCUUUUCAUGCUUGCUGA